AUGGAUCGUGCCAUAACUAACCCUGAGAAUUAUAAUAAGCGAGAUCUUCUUCUCUUGUGCCAAUUACUACAUAAUAAUCAUCUCAUACAACCAGAUGAUGUGGUUGAAAAUAACAAUGAUAAAGUGACUGAAAUCAUUGACGAAUGGUAUAAUCAUAAAGCUAUCAAAAUAUCACAAGAGAUGCAUCAAUUACCGUUCCAACAUAAACCGGCGUUGAAGCAAAUAACAAAACUAUACGCUAACUCAUUGAAUGUAUUUGGAGCAUCAACUACUACAGAAUUGGCUAACAUUUUGUACUACGAUCGGAUACAAGAGAUUGAAGAUACGUUGCAACAAAUGAAGAAGAACUUUAUUCAAACCCUCGAUGGAUAA